AUGAUUGGUACAGGUGAAUUGUUUGGUGCUGAACAAGUAUGGGUGAAAAUCAACAGCAAUAAAAAAUGCAUUAUUUUAGUUGAAGUUUACAUUCGUCCAGAUUCACCAUACGAAGUAUAUGUUGACAAUAUGAAUGCAAUAAGAGAAAUUGCUACAUCGCUCAAGCCAGACGAUGUGCUUCUCAUUUCUGGAAAUUUCAACUUGCCGAACUUAGUUUGGUUUGUCGAUGAAACUAUUGAUCCAGAUAUUGCCAUUGCCAUCAACCCAACGAGUAGAAAAGAAAUAGUCGUUCUCGAUACGUGCUAUGAAAUGGGCUUAUAUCAAAUCAAUAAACAAUACAAUCAGAAUGGUCAUAUGUUGGAUUUGAUAUGGACGAAUGAGAUUGAUGUUUUCUCGUGCAAUGCUAGCGAGGAUCAUUUUAUGAACAUUGAGUCACAUCAUCCAUCGUUUGAAAUCAAUAUUCAUGAAUACAUUCAACAUCAGCCAAAGUCAAAUAAUAUUUUCUUUGAUUACAAGAACGCUGAAUACGUUGAAAUAAAUGAUCAACUUGUGGAAAAGAAUUGGGAUUCCAUUUUAAAUAGGCCAUCUCUUGAAGAAAAACUUGAUUCAUUUUAUUAUGAAAUUAGCAAUGUCGUUUCGUCGAAUAUCAAUAGAAAAGUAAUGAAUUAUUCAAAUAUUCCAAAAUGGUUUGACAAAUCAUUACUGAACCAAAAGAGAGAUGUCAACAAAUUACAUCGUCAAAUGAAGAAAAACAGUUCAGCAGAAACAAAGAGGAUUUACAUCGAUAUCCGUCGCUUGUACAAACAAAAUGCGCGAUCAACAUACAAGGGGUACAAAUUACAGAUAGAGCAGUUAAUCAACGAAGAUCCAAAGAUAUUUUUCAAUUUCGUCAAUCAAAAAAAGAACAGAAGCGAUGAAUUGCCAGCAGAAAUGGAGUACAAUGGUAACAAGGCCGAAGAUCGACAGCAAAUUGUUGAAAUGUUUGCCACUCACUUUUCAACUGCUUACAGUCAACACAAUGAAGAAAAUAAAUACGACAUUAGUGACGCAGUGAGAUUGCAAAACAUUUGUGCAGCGAUUCCAGAAAUUAACAUCACAGACGAUUUAGUAAGCGAGAAAAUUUCAGAAUUGCCAUUAGAUCUUGUCUCUGGUCCAGAUGGUAUUCCAAAUAUAUUCAUUAAGAAUUGUUUACCAUCACUAUUAUAUCCAAUAACAAUUUUGCUGAGAGAGUCACUUCAAUCAAAUUGUAUACCGCAGAUAUGGAAAACAUCAUUCGUGCGACCAGUUUUUAAAAGUGGUAACAGAAACAAAGUAGAAAAUUAUCGUGGAGUCGCUUUGCAAUGCAUAAUUUCAAAAUUACUCGAUUCAAUUGUAACAAGUCACAUUAACAACUAUUUAAAGACGAUCAUCGACGACAGCCAGCAUGGAUUCAUCAAAGGGAGAUCAACUGUUACAAAUUUGGCAAAACUCACAUCGAAAGCGCUAAAUAAUAUUGGAAACGGCUAUCAAACCGACAGCAUCUAUUUGGACAUCGCUAAAGCUUUUGAUUCAUGGCAAAAGCAAAGUCACGUUUGGCUUGGAUUAAAAUUUUUGGAAGAGAGUUUGAUGACCCCUGGACCAUAA